UGAGACUCUUCAUGUUUGUUUGCCAGCCUGUCUUUGACGUGAAGGUGAGCGUGGAGUGCCUGAGGUCAGAGCCUCUGCAGGAGCUGCUUUCUGCUCAGACAGUAACCAGGCAGCAGGGAUGAGCUACCUGGAUGAAGUUCCCUUCAGCAAGCCCUGGAGCCUUGAUGGGGACUCAGGGGGAGAAGUCACUUUAAUCACUGCUCCAACCAUCGAGGUCCCCGACUGCACCGACAUCCUCAUGAGCACCAUGUACAGCUUCUCACUGGAAAGGAAAGUGCUUUACUGGGUUGAGGUGGCCUCUCAGCAGCAAACCUCCUGCCAUCGGGUCACCUCUGAAGUCAUCCCCACGGCUCCCCCAUGCUGGCUGCUGCUGGUGGACCCUGCUGACCGCUAUGGGGGGAGAGCACGGGACGGGCCCGUGCGGCGCAGCAUCAGCCUGAGCGCUGCUGACAGCAGCCAUGGGCCUGCCAAGGGCAGAGGUGCCUUGUCCGACACUGAGAGUGAGACCUGGUGCUCGGAGGAGGAUGGGUACUCGGAGGAUGAUGAGUACUCCUCAACCUCAUGGGAAGAGAGCGACAAGGAUGAUAAGAAUUCCAGGAGGAGAAACGCUGGGAAAACAGGGGCUCCACAUCAUGGGUUUUACCAGACCAGACCAAAGACAUCACCCGGCUUGCUGGAGCCCUCACCGGACAGCAGCAUCCGCAGCACAGCCAGCCCGGUCCUGAACCAGCAGAAGAGAUCCAUGGUGAUCUUUAACAACAUGAAGAACGAGCUGGAAGCAGCCAGGAGGAAGCUGGCUGCUCUGGUGCACCCUCUGAACAGAGCUGCUGUGGAGAGCAGGGUCCCUGUGCCACAGCCUCUGCCCCAGCGUCCCCACACCAGCCGCGGCGUCAGGUUCAGGCCAGCCCCGGAUGCAUCCCAGCUGGGGACCCUGGUGCCAUCGCCUCCAGCUGCACCGAUGCCCCCCAUCAAAUGGCAUAAACCCACAGUGCCGUCCCUCAGCCCCUAUGCCUGCCUCCCCCCUGCCUCCGCACCUGCACAGCCCCUCAGCUCCUGCAGAUCCCAGCCGGAUCCGGCCGCUGACCUGCUCUCAGCACUGAGCCAAGAGGAGCGAGACCUCAUCGAGCCCGUGAUAGCCUUGGGCUACCCCACCCACAAAGCCAUCCUCACCCUCCAGAAGACUGGAAGGCAAAGCUUAAGUCAGUUCCUGAGCUACCUGAGCGCCUGUGACCGGCUGCUGAAGCAGGGCUACGAGGAAGGGCAGGUGGAGGAGGCCAUGGAAAUGUUCCAGUACUCGGAGAAAAAGGCUGCUGAAUUCUUGCAUCUGUUAUCUCAGUUCAAUGAUAUGGGUUUCCAGCAAAAUGAAAUCAAAGAAGUUCUUCUGCUUUGUGGGAAUCAGAGGGAGAAGGCAUUGGAAGAGCUCGUGAUGAAAGCCCAGUGACCUGCACCCUGGAUCCCAGCCACAGCUCCCCCUCAGUCUGGACCACAUAAGGACUCAGCACACGUUUACCCUUCUGCUGCUCCAUGCCCACCCCAGCACCACAACUCCUGGGCACAGACCUCCAGAGCACUGGCUGGUGUCCAGUCCCGGUGUAUGGACAUCCACCAUAAGCGUGUGGGGCACUGCACUAAGGCAAAGGCUUUCUACCAGGAAUGUUUAUCCCUUCACCCACACAUCUCCCACCUUGAUCAUCUCAGUUCUUCAGAUUAGAUGCAGUAAGAUCCAAGCUGCCUUUGGCUUAGGUUUUGUAAAACCCAAAGCAGUUUUCUUCCUCCUCUGGGGGUGAUGGGUGUUGUGUUUUCAACUGCAGUUCAAUGUGGAUGCUUGAAAGGGUCUAUAAAUCAACAGCAGAUGCAGUUCUCAUAAAAACAGGGCUCCUGAAGAGGCAUUUAUUGGGCCUUGCUUGGCAAGAGUCUCAUCCAGCUUAGCUGUGGUUUGAUAUUGUAAUCGAUACCCAGUCUGAUCACAUCAGUUCCUGUUAAACCAAGAACUUGAGAAGCAGAUACAAUUCAAUAAGUAUACAGAAAGAAACCAGGCUGCCCUUGCUCUAGAAAUACAGGAAGUUUAUCCAGUGUGAUGAAAAAUGGCUUAGACAAGGGUUUGUGCUCAGGGAAUUCCAUAAAAUCAGAACAGAGAGACUGGGAACAGCUCAGCUGCCCUCAUGCCCUGCAGGAAUCAGGAAAAUUCAGGGAUGCUUCCCUAAACAGCAGCUCCAAAUGAAGUUAAACACAAAUGUCAGGAUCAGGAAAUCUGGAUGCCCAGGGGACUUCUUGCAUGCAACUGAAGGAUGGAAAACGGGAGGUUCGGGUCACCUCAUGGAAUGUGUCUCUUGG